CCCAAAGGACUCUCAAAACACACCUGCUGCUUAAUUGUUAGGUUUAUACGCUGCAUUGCCUCCAGGAGCUCAGGGUGGUCAACACCACACUCCUGUUUCCCCCCACCCCCUCUGAAACUGGGCUGGAAGAGAGGGCCUCGGGUCUCCCUGUGAACUGGCUGUGGAUUUGAACUUGGGUCUCCCCUGUCCUUGUCCCCCACCUUCCCCAUUUUGCUAUUCUGAUGGGGUUUGCAACAGGAUUAGGGACAGACCCUGCUUCCAGUUGGCUCGGCUUCAGAUUUCCUGUUAUACCCAUUUCAUCAAUAGAGGCGAACCCUAUACCCCCUUCAGUCCAGGAUUGCAGACACCUGGUGCUCCCUCGCUUGGCCAGCUCCAGGUUUAGCUGUUCCAUGGGCUCCAGUUGCCUAAAUCUUUCCCUUCCCAGAUCGCUGAAACUCUCAAGAUUAGGAGAGGGGCGGGAGGGAAGGAUUGGUCUUGGGUGCCUAUUGGCUAUCUUAAGAGGCAGUCAGGAAGGCAGAUAAAUAUAACAUUGGUGGUGAAUGCGGUACAGGGAAAUGAAAUGGACACCCUUUCUAUUCGCCUCUUCCUCCCAACCAGAUGGGAGCCAAUGGGAAGGGGUGAAGUAUUGGGUAACAGAUCUCUAGCCCAGCCACCGCUGUAGAGAGGGGAAUCCCCCUGAAAUUAAAAUCUAGUUUUCAUUCUCAUGUUUAUAACCACUUGAGUGUGACAGUUUUAUCAGGUUGCUUUCAAACUUGGGGGAGUUUUAAGUUUUGAUUUCCUGCUGUGAGUCACGAUAGACAUUCAUUGGACAUUAAAUUUUAAUUGUAUAGCCAUUGUUUUUCCUUUCGGAGUUGCAUGGAGUUGUCUUCUGUGAAGCCAGGUGGUUUGCCUGUGAAGCGUAAUUAACGGGAGUCGCUGGGUUGAACAGGGACUGACUUCAUUCCAGCACGUGCUUUGUCGUUUAAUGAUGGUUGCUCUCCUUGGAAAACUCUCCCUUCAGCCCUGCGCUCACCAGAGAGCUGCCUUACUUGACUGUAAACAUCACUGGGAUGUUUUCAGCUUUCCCGAAUGAGGCGCCCUUCUGACGUUGUGGGGCACAACUCUCAGCAUUGCUCUCCAGCCAGGGAAGUCAGGGACCCCGCAGGUCCCAGCAUUGCAUCCCAGCUGUUGGUCAAGGCAGGUUCUUGGACCUCUGACUUGAGUAAGCCUCAGGGUCACUGUCCUUAACGACUAUCGGUCCGUGUGCCAAGCUGAGAGGAAUUAGAAUUGAGGACUGGCCUAGGGUCAGGCUAUCUUUGGUCCGCAAUAGCGUGGCAGUGGGUUGGCAAAAGGUGCUCAGCGCUGCCCAAGAAUCCUGUAGCUUUAGUAACAAAGAUGGGUUAAGGAACACUUCCUUGCUUUCGUUGGUGCAAAGCAGGAUAGAAACGAUGUUCAUAAGCGCGAUUUGCCUUUAGCUGAAUCAGUUUCCCAGGAACUGAAUUGUCACACGAGAAAGGUGUGUGGGAACAUUUGUUAGCCCUAUCUGCGGCUUAGUCUCCAUCCUCCAGAUCCAUCCUGGCCCUCCGUCGUCCUCCAGGCCUGGGUAAAGUUCCUGGCUGGGCCUUGAGGUUAAGAAAUCUGGCUGGUGCCUGCAGCUCUCAGCUGCAUUGGGGUUUGCUUUCUAUUCUGGAAAGGGGAAGCAAGUCAGUGGGAGCCUUCAGCCUCUUGGAGAAGAGCGAAAGAGCUGUUCUCAUUGGUUCAGUGCAGGAAUGGUUUUUUCCUACACACAGCUGCAUGUUAUCCGAUGCGCUGAAUGAACCUUUGUUUGAAGAAAUGUUGUUAGUUUUGGCUUAGGGAGAGCUGAAUUAAUACGUCUGCUUCCCCAGAAGAGAAAUUAGAUUAAUACACAACCCACACACACACACACUAUCCCAGGAGAAACUGUGCAUAGGAGCCAAAAAUAUUUUUUUUAUCUUGUGUAUGGGGAAAGAUAUACUUAAACUGGUUUUGAUUUAUUCUUUUACCCUGGAAAAGACCUCUAGCAACUGCUGUUUAAGGUCCUGAAGGAAAGCGAAAGAGCCACAGUUUUUGAGGUAAAGACCUGCGGUACAGGUGUGUCCGGUGUACAGGAGUCUGUCUUCCUUUUGUGUGAUGUUGUUUUCAAAAGCAUAGUGAGGGCCGAGGCGCCUCUCAGUGGCCUCAAGACCAUGGGCUAUUCUGCCCUGAAAGCUUAAAAGGAGAUUUUGCCGGCUGUACAGUCUGAGUGAUGGAACAGAAGGGAACCCAGCUGUCAGGCCUGCCCUGUCUAGACCUACAUCUGUCAUGCCUGUGGGCUGUUACAGGAUUAUUUCAGGAAUAAUGCGGCUAAACAGAGGAGCAAGCAGACACAGGGCUGACAGCAGAAUCCAGAAUAGAGCAAUGGGGUGGAGUUACCAUCUGUGGGGGAAGCUGGUACAUUCAGAAACAGCAAAAAAAUCAGGAGCGUUGAAUUAAAAGUGGGAAUCGAUGAUGUCUGCCGGGUAGAAGGAGGACCAUUGCAGUUUGUCCCAACCACGCAUAUUCCCAUCUUGUGGAACUCUAGCUCAGAAUUCCUUUGGCCAUACCGACUGGGGGGUUUUGAGGGUUGCCUUUCCCCUCAAAUGCAAGGUUGGGAAGAGCUGGAUGUCGGAUUAGCCAGAUGCCCUCCACCUCUGGUGCCACUGGGUCUCCACCUCCAGGAACUCCCAGCUGAUGCGGCCUUUGGGAGUCCUGGAAAGGGCAGAUCCCACACUCCCGGAGGACACCAGACACGGAGAGACUCAACUAGGUUAAUCAGAGCCAUUAUUUACCAGGUGGCUCCCUGUUCCUUAAAUCGCUGCGGUGUGGGAGUAGGUUAUGUGAAUGCAGCGCAAAGAGAAGAUCUGAACUCUGGACUCGUAGCAUGUCUCAACCAGUGACUUCCAGGAUCUGGAAAAUAUGUCACCUGCAGGCACCCUUAGGAAGAGAGGAAGGAGCCACCCAAUGCUGGCCACUUAUUUUUUCAGUCCUUUUCCCCAAUACAGGGAAGUCCUUCUCUUCUCGGCAUGGCAUGGCAUGACUUUACUUUGCCAACCUUACUGUCUUUAGCCAUGCAGGCAGCCAAAGAGAAGAGCCUGGGCCAUGGGCUACUUGGUGUGGAUCUCUUUUGGAUGCCCCGCCACGCUUCUGGUCAGUUUGGCUCAAAUCCGGCCUUCUGAGAACAACUGCUGCCUACCUUAGACCGCACAGAAGCACGAUUCUUUUCCUUGGUUAAAACGGGAGGUUCUUUUCCUUUCGAAAGCAGAAAUAUUUUUUCCCUCCCCUCUUAGAACGGGCUCAGCUUUUAGAAUACCCUCCCCGCAACUCCCCGUUGCGCCUGUUGAAGAAAAUUUGACAAGUUCCCAAUGUUAACGUCCGUGGAUGCUCCAAAAGUGGAAACUGGCAUGGUGCUGGAAAAAAGCGUGUGAUUCCUUUCAAAAGUUUAUGUGGGGAAUGCAGGGCAGCCGCGGAGCUAAUGAUAGAUGUCUGUUUCUUUGUAUUUACGUCUUAAAGGCAAAUCUGCUCUGCUUUGUUACAGUGGGACAUUGGUUUCCCCCAAGUGGAAGAAUUUCAAAGGGUUGAAGCUACUGUGUAGAGAUAAAAUCCGGCUCAACAACGCCAUCUGGAGGGCUUGGUACAUCCAGUAUCUAGAGAAGAGGAAGAAUCCUGUGUGCAAUUUUGUGACUCCCUUGGAUGGUUCUAUAGAAGUUCCCGAGGUAUGUCAGGGUGUUAGAACGAAUGAGAAAUAUUGGAGGCGGCGGAUUAACAUAGUCAUCCGGGAAUAUCACAAGUGGCGAACCUACUUCAAAAAAAGAUUACAGAAGCACAAAGAUGAAGACCUUUCCAGUUUGGUUCAGGAUGAUGGCUCCUUCGGGAAGGAGAUGCCGAUGGAACUGGAAGAGUUUUUCAGCACAGACGAUUAUGUGUCGGGGUCUUCGGACACCCUCUUCUCCACGCUGUCUAGUCACCAUCUGAUCAGCUGGCCCAAUCCCAGGGAGAGAGCACAUUUGGGCAAUGCCGACAUGAUUCAGCCAGGACUUACCCCUCUGCAGCCAAAUUGGAUGGACACUUUAGAAUUUUUUCCAGAUAUUUUCAUAUCUCCUGCCACCGCUACCUCCAGCCUGACUCCCAGUGCUGCCCUGCCAGGGGCCAACGCACAUUGUUCCCAGACUCCGAGCCUCUCUUCCACCUCUUUGCGCAGCCCACUUCCUGCUAUGAACCUCGGAGAAGAGCUGGUUGCCCCUCCAGUGCCUGAGCCCAUCCUGCCCCCCAUGGUGGUGGGGAACGACCAGUGCCUCGGCCUGCGGAGCGAGGACCCGUGCCUCCAGCCUUCCGGCUUCCCCCCCGAGCUGCCCCUGGCCAGUCAGCCACACUUCCUGCCUCGGUUCCCAGCGCUGGGGCUCCCUCUUCAGCCCGAGGUCCCUCCUCUGCCGCCUCAGCCGCAGCAGGCCAUGCUUCCCCUGAGUACGGACCUGGCCCUGCAGGUGCCCAUCUUUGCUCCUCCCGAGGCGCCCAAGUUCGGCCUCAGCAAGCCCUCAGUCAUCACCCACACCGCCUCAGCCACUCCCACGCAGAACGUCCCCGCCACCACCUUCAGCCAUGGCCAGGCUGGACUCUUGGCCACCCAGCAGCCUGGGGUGGGAGUGCCUUGCACGGUAGCGACACUCCAGACGGCAGGAGUGCCUCAGCCACCUCUGCUGCAGCCACACUCGUCCUUCGUCCUUCCCAUGGCUGGCCCUGGGCCGAGGGCCAGGAAGCCCCAGCAGAUUGCACCUGCUCCAGUGGAGGCCGUGCCCUUGAUGCUGAACAGUGCCUUCCUCUCCCCAGUCCGCGACUGUCCGCCAUCAAGGCAGGCCUCCCCCCGCCCCUCCGAGCAGAGCCUCAGCCCUCAGUCCCCGCAGAGCGGCCGCUGCAGGAAAGCCACCCCUGAUCCACAGGGAUCCAUUUUUAAGAGUCGCAGGAUGAAGCAUAUUUCAGCGGAACAGAAGCGGAGGUGUAAUAUCAAGAUCGGCUUUGGCACCCUCAACAGCUUGGUGUCGCCAAACUCUAAAUCAAUCAGCCACGCUCUCACCCUCCAGAAGACGGUGGAAUACAUUGCCAAGCUGCAGCAGGAGCGCUCUCAAAUGCAGGAGGAAGCCAAGCGCCUCCGGGAACAGACCGUAGAGCUGAACACGGCCAUCAUUUCUUGCCAGCAGCAGUUGCCCGCCACAGGGGUGCCCAUCACGAGGCAGCGGUUUGACCAGAUGCGGAACAUGUUUGAAGACUACAUCAGAAACCGGAGCCAACAAAACUUGAAAUUCUGGAUUUUCACCGUCAUCAUCAAGCCUCUGUUUGAAACGUUCAACGAGAUGGUGUCUACAACCAGCCUGCAGGAGCUGAACCGGACAGCCUUGGCAUGGCUGGACGAGCGUUGCUCACUACCUGUCCUGAGGCCCAUGGUUCUGAAUAGCCUCCGACACUUGAGCACCACCACCUCCAUUCUCUCUGACCCUUCACUCUUGCAAGAACAAGCCACCCAGGCGUUGGGGAAGCUCAGCAAAACAGCCGAGGAAGCAUAACAGAAGACAAGCUCAAGCCACGGUGGACAUCCAGGCCUCACCAAGACUUUGUCACCUUCCCCAGUUUGGGUCUUCCUCCAGAUGUGUAGGAACAACCGUUCCUUGAAUUUCCCAGCCAGCAUGCUGGCUGAGAAUUCAAGGAUUCACUUUCCCCACAUGUGUGGAGGAGCACCAAGCUGUAGAAGGUUGGCUUAGAAGCUUCCUUGUGUUGACUCCCCAUCGAGGACAAGAGGCAUCAAACUGAGUGUUACGUUGGGGAGGAUGGAGGGUUGAAGCUGCCAAAUAACUGUUCUUCAACGCGGCCUUUGGGUUUGGUCAAAUGGGAAAAUCCAACUCAGGUAAACUGCUUCCAGCAAUAGACGCCUCCUUCAAUGCAACCUAUCUAAAUAUAUGCAGUAGAGAUACGUUUUUUUGUCCAACCCCACCUCAGUCACAAGGCUUAGAGAGAAGGGAUGGGAAGAGGCCAAGAGAUCUGGCUACUCAAUCAAAGGUGGAAGCUGGGAUCUGAAGAACUGUGCCCUCACCGUAUGGGCAGCCUUGACCAGAGGCUGCCAGAUGUUGGGCAGAGCAAGCCACCUCGGGAAUGGGGGGACGGGGAUGUCUCUAACAAUUUAGGAAACAGCCUUUGUAAAAGGCCCCCCCCCCCCCAAUCCACCACAUGCGGCUGACUGGAGGUGUGCAGAAGAAGCUCUUUGAAUUCCAGCCAGUUAGUAGAAGGGGAGAGAGAUUUUUCCUCCAAAAUAGAAAAUAAUUGUGCCUCAUUAUUUUUUUAUGACCUUGGCAGCAAAGAGACCCGGUCACCUCUUGGCUCUUUCUCUCAACCUCCCAGCUGCCUUUCGGGUAUUACUGAGGUUCUCGGUGGUUCCAUCUGUCUUAGGAAAGUCCACUUGUCUCAGGUUGCCCUCUGCAGGCUGUCUAGCGGAGCCUGUUUCCAGAGCUGUUCGUGUGCACGUAGCAAUGCAAGCGUUUUCCCUUCUUUGGGAAGAAUAAUUUGAAAGUGUGGGAGAAAAAAAAAAGGAUAGCCAG